GCUUCAACUCCUUGCGGGCUUGCGGCUCAGGCUCAGUACGCCGGCAGCUUUCUCCGUGUGCGUACCGAACGAACUCAACGGCAACUCACAAGCAACAAAAAGAAACAAAAUCACAACAAAACAAACGCAAAACACAAAACGCAAAAUAAAUACAAAAAAAAGUGAAAGAUUUGCUUUGGCGAUCAUCGAAAUGUCUGCGCUCAAUGACGACUGCAAUAUUUUGCUCGCUCAGCUGCUGCCAACAAACAUCAAAUUCAAACUCCAACUUGUUUAAUUCAACAUAACAUACAAUAACAUUUUUUUUUUUAAAUUCGCAUACACAAGUCGCACUUGUUAAAAAGUCUUUAAGCAAAUACCAAACAUCAGCAGCAACAACAACAAUUUAAACUACAAUCUAUUGUAGACUGGGACACAAUUGUUUGUUGCCGCUUUGCCGCGGCUUUGGUGCGAUAUGCGGUUAUUCAUGGUAUUCGCAAUUUUAAUAUUUGCAAUGCCAAUAACGGGAUUCGGCUGGGCCGAGGGCACCAACAUUCUACUCGAUCCAAAUCUAAUGUGCAAGAAGACACGUCGCCUGCGUGGCAAAUUGGCCGAAAUCUGCCGUCAUGAUUCGGCAUUGCUCAAAGAGAUCAUCAAUGGUAUUAAUUUGGGAUUUCGCGAAUGUGAAUUUCAAUUUCGUAAUCGUCGCUGGAAUUGCACAGUGCUGCGCAAGAGCAUGCGGAAAAUUUUAAUGCGCGACUCUCGCGAGACGGGCUUUGUGAAUGCCAUAACAGCAGCUGGUGUUACCUAUGCCGUUACCAAGGCCUGCACCAUGGGUCAAUUGGUGGAGUGCUCCUGCGACAAGUCGCAUCUACGUCGCAAUGGCGGUCAACCCCAAAUGGUGAAUGCAGCCACAGCCGAAGCGGCGCUCGAGCGGCAGCAACAAGCAGCGCUGCUGCGUCAACAACUGCCCCACAACAACAACAACAGCAUUAACAAUAGCAACAAUAGCAAUAACAACAGUAAUACGAAUAUAAAUCGACGUAAUAAUAAUCAAAGACCUGGUGGCAGGCGAGGACGUCGCAAGUUCUGGGACAACAUUAAGUUUCCACAGGGCGAGUGGGAGUGGGGCGGCUGCAGUGACAAUGUUAACUUUGGCCUAAGACACUCGCGAGCUUUUUUGGAUGCAAAGCAGCGACAGCGACGCAGCGAUUUGGGCACAUUGGUGAAGCUGCAUAACAAUAAUGCGGGCAGAUUGGCCGUACGCGAUGCCAUGCGGCUGGAGUGCAAAUGUCAUGGCCUCUCCGGUUCGUGUACAGUGAAAACUUGUUGGCUAAAAAUGCCGCCAUUCCGUGAAAUCUCCGCAAGGCUGCGCGAUCGUUACGAUACGGCACGCAAGGUGGCGCCACGCAACGAUGGCAACAGCUUUAUGCCCGAAUCCCCACACGCCAAGCCUGCGAACAAAUAUCAACUGGUGUAUGCCGAUGAUUCGCCCGAUUUUUGCACUCCCAAUGCAAAAACUGGAGCGCUGGGCACACAAGAUCGCGAAUGCAAUGCCACAUCGAUGGGGCAAGAUGGUUGCGAGCAGCUUUGCUGCCGGCGCGGGUACAAACAUCGCGUAGUAACCGAACGAGCAAAUUGCAAUUGUGUCUUCAAAUGGUGCUGCGAGGUCACCUGCGAGAAAUGUCUCGAACUGCGCGAGGUCAACACUUGUCUCUAGAGCAGCGGAGAGAGCGAGAGCGUGAGCAAGCAAGAGAGUGUGGGAGUCAUGUCAAGUUGUAUUUUAAUUUUGGUUUUUAAUUGAGAAAAGCUUUCCAUUUCGCGUGAUAAAACAACAGCAAGUCCAUUCAUAAGUAUUAACUAACUGUAGUUGUGUAUAAACAAGUUUAAUAAUAAUAAAAAAAAAUUAUACGAUUUUAUGUUUAGAGCGGCUUUAGGCCACA